AUGCGCCUCAUCUACACAACCGAUCAUAUCGGCGAUACCGUUCUGCUCGACGAGUCUGGACGCCAGCUAUACGCUACGACAUCCAGCACAGUCGGGCGCAAGACAGAGAUAGUCAAGCUCGACAAGUCUUCAACCACGCUCGCCGUUAUUCGGUUCCGUAGCUGGAGCGCAGAUACCAUCGAGACCCACGGGCGUAAGCUCAAAGCGAAGAAGUACUUGACCAAACCCUCAUGGUGGUCAAGGCGCAGAAUCUUCACCUGCACGAGCAACCAGACGUACGAAUGGAAGAUGAGUAGUAGGGCGUGGAAGCUUCGCCUCUUCAACGGCCCGGAAGUCGGCCACGCACACUCUCGCUCCCGGCAAAUAUUCCGACGACGCGCGAAAGAACCAGCGUACCUCGAGUUCAGCGACGAUCCUCGUGUACUGAACGACUUGGACGAGAUAGUAGUCGCCUUUGUCUAUCUCCAGAUCAGGCGGGAGAAGGACAAGCGUAAGGCGGACGCAUACGGCGCCGUAGCCGAUGUGGCUGGAGCGAUAUAG